ACUAAUUCUGUUGCCUUUUCUUGAGAAGGGUCCAAUCCGAUGUCCUCUUUGACGUCGAAGCUCAUCAUGGACUGACGGUGUUUUUCGCACGGGCUUUCUAUUUUUUCUUCUACCCGGAAACUGUCAAACCGAAUCAGACCGGUGACGUUUUAGUGUAUGAUGACGCGUAAACUGACGUGAGAAUACUCACUUUUUUUGUAGUAAGUUUCCCGAUAUUUUCCCCGUUGACAGUUGCCUUAGCCGCAGUUCCGUUUCUUCGCGAAAGCAUGCAUGAUGUUAGUAUCGAUUUUUAUUUUUACAUUGACGUCCCCAUUGCCGUGUAUGUUAAGUGAUAUUACCCAACCCGACCAUGAACCUACAUCGAACACACAACUCGACCUAGAACCUACAUCGAACACACAACCCGACCAAGAACCUUUAUUGAACACCCAACCCGACCUAAAAGCUACAUUGAAAAUGGUCGCUUAUGUGCACGAAGCCACCCUGCAAGCUUGCGGUGAUCUCGGUCUGUUUCCCACACGGAUGAUGUUGCAUAACGCCUCAAUGUAUUGCUGGCAAGCGUUCGACACACUCCAUAAAUUGGGUGGGGAAUUUGAAAAACCGGAAUGCCGCCACUUUUUCGGAGUGCCAGGUUGUCGUCGCCGUGGCCCGUUCAGGACCUACAAAUGCACCGUCCAGGUUCGCAGGAAUCGUUUCACAAGAAUACCCUACAUCGGUGAUAACCUCGAUCUUAGUCGAGUGGAGACUACAACCCUUACUUACUGCGCCAGACCUAUCAUUAACUGGAAGAAAAACCUUGAGCGGAAGGAGAAAGUUGCUAAGAGGAAGAAGAAAAAGUUGUAGAGAAAGAAUAAAAAACCUCCUGGGAAAAUUUAA